GAGAAAUUUUCAGCUACCAAGCUGAAUACUGUACAGAGACAGUGACAAGAUGGAAAAACAAGCCUCCGCCAUUUUCCCUAGAUGUCUCAUUUACCUUCUGGUUUGUGUCUUGAUUAUCUCAUCAGGUGCUUCGAGUUCUCCUAUCUACGUUUCUCACACUACAGGUGCAAACAGUCCUCGCUGUGGCUCACCGUACGACCCUUGUAAGACACUAGAUUAUUCUUUGAAAAAGAGGGUCAUGUACGGUGGAUUUCUUAUCCUGAAUGGAACAGACUCCAGAGAAAAUCGCUACAAGUGUGGUCCAGAAAACAGCACUAGUGCUUUGAUUAUAAAGAAUUUAAUUAUCUCCAGCUUGUUUGCGCCUGCGUAUAUCUCAUGCGAGAUUCGGUUCACAUCGAUUCAACCUGGACGAACGGGCAUGCACACUUCCCCAACCAAAGGAUCUUAUUCCUUUCCUGCUACUGGUGACGGACUCAAGACAGACUCUGUACCCACGAUUACCAUGAAGAAUUUAUCAUUUGUUCAAUCUGGUGUUACCUGUAAUGGAACGUGUAACUUAGAAGUUGAGAACUCGUCAUUCGAUCAAAGCGGCGUUACCUGUAAUUACUCAUGCUCUGUGAAAGUAUUGAACAGCACCUUUGCAAACCCUACGAUGGUGCCCGUUCAGUCUGGUGUCGCCUGUUACGACAGUUGCCGUUUGGAAGUUGUGGAUACUGUAUUCGUGCAAGCCAGUCUUAUCUGUAACGGAGCAUGCUCCAUGAACGUAUCAAAUAGCAACUUUACCAACUCAACAGUUAUUACAGAUGUCAACACCGGGCAAGAUUCGAAGGUGAUAUCAAUCACCCAUUCGCGUUUCAUCCGGAAAAGAUCACAGCCAUUUAUCAAAUUUCGUUCUCGGGCUGACUUCGUGUUAGAAAUUGAUAACUGCACUUUUCGAGAUAAUCACUCGCUUCCUUUUCCCGAUUAUUUGAUAGACGUCAAUUCCAGUUCGCUGUCAGUUGGUAGAGUGGUUUUCCACAGAAAUAAUUUUAUUACCAUCUUUGGACAUGGCAUCAACCUGUGCGGCUGUUUUAAGUCGAUUUCACUAGAGAAUCUGUCAAUAAUUAACGUGGAGUCAUUCAUACUCAAAGUCAGUGAUAAAACGAGUUCUACUUGUCGGCUCAGAAGAGUCACUGUCCAAAUGAACAACUGUUCAGUACAUGGCACAAUUGCAAGUAAGAGGGCUAAUUCUCCUGCAAUUGACAUUGCAGCACGUGAGAUGAAAAUGUCGAUGAAUUACAUGCAGUUCCAUUCAAACAAUCGAUCUUUGAUCUCCUUUUCUGCGAACAAUGGAAGUUUGACCAUCAACAAUUCAGACUUCGCAGAUAACUCCAAGCAAGAUGUUUCUCAUUUACUUUCAAUUUCACCUUACAAGGAGCGAAACAACCCACUCAAAACUACGAAAGGGGAACAAGAUAGCGUAGCUGGCAGCAUCUUUUUUAAUCUUCAAGGCACAAAAUUCUCUCGCAACAGAGUACUAAAGUCGAUAAUAACACUCGAAAAAACGUCAGCAGCGUUGUCAAAUGUUACUUUCAGUAAUAACACUGUUGAGGGGCUCGGUGGGGACAUUCACAUCAAGGACCAUGUAAUAGUAAUACUUAACAACAGUCGAUUCGAGCGUUAUCCACGUGAUUAUUUUGCAUCAGCUUUUGUCUAUUCUGAUGUGAACUCAAACUCUUCUGUGAAUAUCACCAACUGUCGUUUCAAAUCACACUUUGAGGUUGACGCAAGCGUGAUAUUAUUUCUGAGAUCUGGGAUAAGUCUCCGUAUUGAUAAAAAAUCCGACAUAACGUGUCCACUGGGUUAUUUCUUUGAAAACGCGUUUAACGUUAGCCUUUCAGGAUCAACCAUAGAAGAUACCUACAAACUUACUUGCAAGAGAUGCUCCGACGGAUUGUAUAACCUUCAGCAAGUGUACGCAAUUCUUGAUAUUUCUGAUACUUCAGUGGACGAGCAAUGUAUCCCCUGUCCCUACGGGGGCAACUGCACUCGUGAGAUCGAAGCAAAACCAAACUUCUGGGGAUAUCUUGAGCCAAAAGAUCGUCGACCAACCGUGAAAUUUGAGAUUUGUCCUCUGGGAUAUUGCGAACCAAGCCCAAGAAGCUUUAAUAGUUGCCAUGGCUACAGGACUGGCUUCCUCUGUGGUCAGUGCAGAGAAGGCUAUACGGAAGCCAUGUUUUCCUCUGAAUGUCAUGAAGAGGAAAACUGUCACAACAACUGGUUUUGGUUCUUUAGUCUCGUAUACAUUACUUGCUUGUCAUUCCUUCUCAUCACACGACCUUGUAUAUUUCAAAUUUUAUGGCGAAAUGCUACGUGGUUUCGACCCAAAAAUCACGGACGUCAACCUUUACAGUCUUUGCACUCAUCAGAUGAGCAGCACUAUAGCGGCAAGCAUUUCGAUCAUGCACUUGUGAAGACGAUAUUUUAUUUCUAUCAAACCGUAGAAUUACUUCUAAUUUCCACCUCGCCAGAAGAUCUGAUGAACAAAGUAACAUUUGUACGCCCGUUCAUAUCUCUGUUUAAUUUUGAGAUAUGGAAGGAAAACUUUGGUUGUCCUUUUCCUGGGCUCACGGCAGUUACCAAACGACUGUUCUCCAGUUUGACAGUUUUUGGAACAAUUGCUUGUAUUUCGUUGAUUUGCAUCAGUCAUAAAGCAAUGAGUUAUAAUGGUUGCGUCGACCAUCCACGUGUCAACCUGUAUCUGGCAGCUAUAGUAGAAACGUUACUUCUUGGUUAUGAAAAGCUUACAGAUGUGUCCUUGAAUCUGAUGAACUGUAUCCAGGUGAAAUCAGAAUGGCGUCUUUUCCUGGACGGGAACAUCCUUUGCUGGCAGUGGUGGCAGCAUGCUCUGCUUUCCUUUAUCAUGGUGUUUGUCGUUCCUUUUAUAUUCGUCCUAUUCUGGGGCUCAAAGAAAUUGAACGAACGCAUAAUAUCAACCAAAGAACUGACCAUGGCAUGUAUACUGCCUUUACCGUUCCUACAUUACUGGGUCGUUCAACUCUGCAUCAAAAAGGAACCUACACAAGUACACCAUGAGGGAGCUGAAGAAAUCAAAGAGGUCCUUCACGAACCAUUUCGACCACCUGAUGAAGACGAUGAAGGGACAUUGUACUGGGAAAGCGUUUUAAUAGCGCGGCGUUUGGUUCUCUUGUGUCUGCAUUCCUUCCUAGCUGAUCCUAUGUUGCGUCUCUUAUGUCUUACCUUUGCAUGCUUGGCAAUUUUGCUGCAUCAUCUGUACAAGAGGCCUUUCAGAGACCCAAUAGCCAACGCUUGUGAAACAUUUUCUCUAAUCGCCUUGGUCAUCAUCUCCACCUUUAGCUUGGCUGAGGCGUCUCUAGUGUCCGAAGGAACAGAAAUUGGUGGUCCAAGAGAAAACGUGUUCAAAGUGCUUCAGUGGAUUGAGCUCGCUUUACUCGGAGUUGUACCUGCAUGUCUCUUUAUGUUGGUGUCUUUGGUGGUCCUGUCGCAGCUUUUUCGUUUAUUCUUUCACGUCGUCAUGUGGGACCAGAGGCAACCGCAGAGGUUGAACAGGGUCUGGCAUUUCCCUGUCGAUUCAUCGAGGCCACUCCUUUAUUCGUCUCCAGCUAUGUAUUGAAUGCUGGUACAUUCUAAACACAUUUAUGCCAGCAAUUAUUUAGAGUAUUAUGAGCUUUGAGGCUCAAAAUCUUAUCGUGUUUCGGUAGGAUGCACGAUCUCACUGUAAAAGAAAGAAACAGAUGAGGUUACGUUUGUUGUGAGCAAGAAAUUUUCAUGAUAUUGGGACCGCUCAGUAUUCCUUUGAAAACAUUUUCCGACGGUCUGUUAGUUUAAUUACCACUUCAUGAAAGUAUCAAUAGUUGCAUUACCUCUCAAGAAAAUAUUAUUAUUGCCUCAACACCAAAAGUGAGUUAUUAAUUGUUUGUGGGUUUGGCCCGAACAGACCUUUCGGGUACCAUCU